UGGGCUUCCGGGGCCGCCGGAAGCGGCUGGUGGAGAGCGGCUGGUGGAGAGCAGCUGGCGAAGACUGUGUUUGGGUGCAGAUCAAGGUUAAGAGACGCAGGCAUGCUGCGUCCCAAGGCUUUGACGCAGGUGCUAAGCCAAGCCAACACUGGAGGAGUCCAAAGCACCCUGCUGCUGAAUAAUGAGGGAUCGCUGCUGGCCUACUCCGGUUAUGGAGACACAGAUGCCCGGGUCACCGCGGCCAUCGCCAGUAACAUCUGGGCCGCGUAUGAUCGCAACGGGAAUCAAGCGUUUAAUGAAGACAAUCUCAAAUUUAUCCUCAUGGACUGCAUGGAGGGUCGUGUAGCCAUUACCCGGGUGGCCAAUCUUCUGCUAUGUAUGUAUGCCAAGGAGACUGUGGGCUUUGGGAUGCUCAAGGCCAAGGCCCAGGCCUUGGUGCAGUACUUGGAGGAUCCCCUCACGCAAGUAGCAGCAUCGUAAUAGCGUGAUGGAAGCUGGAGUCCAAAGGGACGGCGGUUGGGAGGGACAGGGCCUGGAGAUUCCUUACCGUGCUGGGUACAGGGAGGUGGGAGUUUUCUGAAUAAAAUUUAACUCUUG